UUUUUAUGAUUGUGAUAAAAUAGAGGGAGAAGAGGGGGAAGUGAGGAAGAGAGAGGUACUAGGGUUUUGGUUUUGGAACGAUUCUAUUCCGUUUUCUCGUGUUUCUUUGAUUUGCUUUUCCGGUUUUGCCGCAUUCGGAGCCGGAAAGAUCGGAUUUAUCGAUUUCGACUCUGCAUUUUCAGAUUUCUGACCACUUCUGCAUCUUUUUUCUCAAGGAAAUUGAUCUUUUUUUCGGCCAUUGAUGGGAGAAAAAUGGUUUUCCUUUACAUUUUUGAGCAUUUUAUAGCUAUUUCUUGAGAAAUCUGAGGUAUUUUCGUCAAUUGAUUUAUCUGGAGUACCGGUUUUUGUUGUUUCCAGACCGGUUCUCUCUAUUGAGAGAACCGGAUGCGUUCUCAACCAUCCGUAUAGUAGAAGACCCGGUUUGGGGUUUUCGGCCGGCAUUUAAGGCCAUUUUCCGUAGACUUCCGACGAAUCUGAGAUUUUUCGGACGGCAUUUUCGUGAAUUCCGAGAUAUUUGAGGGCAUGAAAGAAGGCCUCUUUUCUCGUAAAGAAGUGAAAGAAAAUCGUAACGCUUGAUCCGGUUUUUUUGAAAGCUGGAAUCUUGCCGGUUUGACCGGUUACUGACUGGCAGAUCCGACGGUUGAUUUCCUGUUCAGAUAUCGCAAGUACGCGUUGCCUUGUUAAUCACCAAACCCUAGUUUUCUCUUUUCCAAGAUGUGAAAAAAAAAAAAAAGAAAAAAAGAAAAAAAAGAGCAGCUUUCAUGAAUCUCACUAAUUUCUUGUAGAGGAAGAUUGGUUGGUGAGGUAGAGAUUGUUGUGUUUCAAUGUCAUUCAAAAGCAUUGUUCGGGAGCUGAGAGAGAUGAGAGAUGGGAUUGGGAGCAUGUCAAGGCGUGGGUUAGAAGGGAAGCCGUCGCAUAGCCAAGCUCGGUCGCUGACUGUGGCCACUGAUGGGGCUGGCUUCAUUGCUGUACCGGUUCAGCAGAGCCGCUGGGCGAAUCUGCCAGCAGAAUUGCUCCUUGAUGUGAUCCGGCGGCUCGAGGAGAGUGAGACAUCGUGGCCUGCGAGGAAGAACGUCGUAGCUUGCGCCUCGGUUUGCAGGUUGUGGAGAGAUACUACAAAGGAGAUUGUCAAGACGCCUGAGGAAUGUGGGAGGCUCACCUUCCCCAUUUCCCUGAAGCAGCCGGGGCCGCGGGACUCCCCGAUACAGUGCUUUAUCAGAAGGGAGCGAGCUACUUCUACCUACCGGCUGUAUCUCGGUCUGAGCCCUGCACUGCUGGGGGAGAAUGGCAAAUUGCUGUUUGCUGCCAGAAAGUUUAGACGUGCUACAAGCACAGAGUUUGUGAUCUCGUUGGCCUCUGAUGAUUUCUCCCGAGCAAGCAACACAUACAUCGGAAAACUUAGGUCAAAUUUUCUGGGCACCAAGUUCACAGUCUAUGACAGCCAGGCUCCGUAUUAUACUGCAAUUUCCUCAAAUAGCCAUCUGAAUCGAAGAAUCCAUUCCAAACAGGUAUCCCCAAGAGUACCUGCUGGCAACUAUAACAUUGCUACCAUCUCAUAUGAGCUUAAUGUCCUUCGGACAAGAGGCCCGAGGAGAAUGCAAUGCACCAUGCAUUCCAUCCCUGUCUCUGCAAUUCAGGAAGGUGGGACUGCCCCAACCCCGACUGGAUUUCAUCACUCCAUUGAGGAACAAUUCUCUGUUUUAUCAGUGACAAAACCCAAGGACCCAGUUGUGGAUUUUGGCUCUACAAGCCUCUCUGAGCCACUGCGUUCAAUCCAGGGCACCCGCGAGCCACUGGUUUUGAAGAAUAAAGCUCCUAGAUGGCAUGAGCAGUUACAGUGCUGGUGCUUAAAUUUCAGAGGGCGAGUUACAGUGGCCUCCGUCAAGAACUUCCAGCUUGUGGCAGCUGUGGAGCCUUCCCACCAGGUUUCAUUAGUGGAGCAGGAAAAAGUAAUCCUUCAGUUUGGAAAGAUAGGCAAAGAUAUCUUCACAAUGGACUAUCGUUACCCACUAUCUGCAUUCCAGGCAUUUGCAAUCUGCUUGAGCAGCUUUGAUACCAAGCCAGCAUGUGAAUGACUGAGCUAUUGCCUUGAACAGUCGCUUCUUUGGUUCCAUCACUGUCACUGAUGCUUUGCUUCCUCCAAAGCCGGUGCUGUAAAUAAAUUCUUCAAUAGAAGCUCUAUCUCUUCCAUCUGCCUUUUGUCAUCACUGAGUGUCUUAGCUGUGCAGGCAUUAGUUUACAUUUCGGCAUGAUGGCAGGGACUCAAGUUGUGUUGUAAGCUUCAUAUUUUGUUUAUCUUUGCAGAUGAAGGUAAUCUGCAAUCUCUCUUCCAAAUAUGUGGCAGUCUCUUUGCUGUAUUUCAUAUUUGAUUUUGUAGAGAUACAAUGGAAUCAUUUCUGUUGCUGAAAGAAUAUUAUUCAUUCCUUCA